UUCGAUUAAUUACACUAAUUAAUCUCAUGGGGAACAGAGAAGUUCUUGUGGUUGCAUUCUUCAUAAGGUCCAUAUAUGGAGGAGUGCAGAUAGUCACCAAGAUAGCGUUCAAUAGAGGCAUGAGCACAACUGUUUUUGUUUUCUACAGGCAUGCGAUUGCUAUCCUAUUCUUGGUUCCUGUUGCUUUUGUGCUAGAAAGGAAAACUGCUCCACCAUUGUCAUACAAGAUCUUGCUUAAACUAUUUGUACAUGCAUUAUAUGGAAUUGCUGGAUCAGUAAACAUAUAUGGCCUUGGUCUUAGUUAUUCUUCAGCAACAUCAUCAUCUGCGAUAUCUAACCUUCUACCUGUGGUGGCCUUCUUCUUGGCAGUUCUUAUGGGGAUGGAGUCUUUAAACUUGAGGAGGAUCCAUGGGUUUGCAAAAGUUUUUGGUGUUCUGUUCUCCAUUGUUGGUGUCGUCGUACUCGCAUUUUACCAUGGACCUGAAUUGAAGUCUUUGAACCUUCAGCAUCUAUCUAAUCAAAGUGUCUCCCAUACUGGGAAUACUGCCUAUCCUACAAGGACAUGGCAGUCAGGCAUUUUUCUGACGGUUAUAUCCACCACAUCUUGGGCUCUUUGGACAGUUCUUCAGGGUCUUAUGUUGGAGGUGUAUCCAUCUAAGCUUCUCAACACAACCAUCCAGAUGGUGUUUGCAACUAUUCAGUGUUUCUUCAUUGCUCUAGCAGUCGAGAGAGAUUUUUCGCGAUGGAAACUGGGGCUAGAUGCAGGUCUUAUCGCCGUGAUUUAUUCAGGUGUACUUGUGUCUGGACUUGCAUACUACAUGCAAGUGUGGGUGAUUGACAAGAGUGGACCGGUUUUCUUGGCCAUGACAAUGCCCAUAACUCUUAUUGUCACAAUAAUACUCUCCUCAUUUGUCUUGGGAGAAGCAGUCACCUUGGGAAGCAUAAUAAGUGGAGUGGUGAUGGUUGGUGGUCUCUACUGCGUUCUCUGGGCGAAGAAAGCUGAACAAGCGAUUGCCAGCAAGGAAGAAGCUAUACUCCCAGUUCAGGCCACACAAGUUUAGAUCAAAUUUAGUUCUUUUUGGCAUGUCCUAGUAGUCAAUAAUAAUUCCUGUGUUGUGUGUUUUCUGCUGCUUAAUCAGUUGCUAACCUUUGUGCAUUAUCUAAAGAAACUAACCUAUGUGUAAAUGGAGUGAUAUAUGACACCGUAAUCUACGUUUCAAAUGUU